AUGAGAAAGAGAAACCAAUUCAGCGAAGCUAUGCAAGAAUAUCGAAACUCUAUUGAGAGAUAUCAGAUCAUUGGAGACACCCUUGGUACCGCUCAGUGCAUGCAAAGCAUCGGUGACAUCCUGAGGAUGCAGUUCCAUAACCAAGAAGCCACUGCGAAGCUGGAGGAAGCAAGGGCUCAAUUCAGAGCGAUAGGGUCAAGGCUCGGCGUAGCUCAGUGUACACGGAGCAUAGGCGAUAUCAUGGUAACGCAGGUUCAGUAUACCGAAGCAACUGCAUGCCUGCAAGAUGCGGUGAAAGAGUUCCAAGUCAUUAGCCACCGCCUCGGCGCGGCCCAGUGCAAACAGAUAAUCGGCGAGGUCUUGCGCCUUCAGUCGAAAGACGAGGAUGCGAUUACACAAUUAGAGGAGGCACGAACCGAAUUUCGAGCUGUUGGAGAUCGUCUGGGGGUAGCUCAAUGUACACAGGGAAUCGGCGAAUGCCUGCAAUUGGAUGACAGAGAAGCGGCAUAUGUACUCUUAGAGGAAGCAAGGGCGGAAUUCCGAGCAACUGGAUCCCGCAUCGAUAUUGCUCAGUGCGUUCAAGCAAUCGCCAACACCCAGUUGACCGAGGGCCUGUACGAUGAGGCGGCCGCGAAACUAGAGGAAGCAAAGACGGAGUUCCGUGCUAUUGGAGCCUGCCUAGGCGUCGCUCAGUGCACACAAAACCUAGGAGAUAUCUUGCGGAUGCAGGGCCAGUAUGACGGAGCAGCUGAAAGCCUGGAGGAAGCAAGAAGGGUAUUUAGAGCCAUUGGAUGCCGCCGCAGCACGAUUCAGUGCACCCAGAGCAUUGGCAACAUCCUACCCAUGCAGGCCAAGUAUGAGGAAGCCAGUGCGAUCCUUGAGGAAGCAAGCAAAGAAUUCCGAGAGGCCGGAGAUCGUAUGGGCAGUGCUCAGUGCCAACGGAGCAUAGGUAUCAUUUUCGCGAUGCAGGGCCGGUACGAGGACGCUACAGCAACGUUGGAGGAAACACAGGCGGAGUUUCGAGCUAUUGGAUCGCGAGUCGGCUUUGCUCAGUGCAUGCAGAAAAUAGGCGAUAUCUUGGGGAAGCAGGCCCAGUAUGAGCAAGCGACUACGAAGCUGGAGGAGGCAAGGACGGAAUUUCGCGCGAUUGGAUCCCGUCUAGGGGCAACUCAAUGCACCCAAAGCAUAGGCGACCUCUUGCGGAUGCAGGCCAGGUAUAGGCAAGCGACCACGACUGUGGAUGAGGCAAGAUCAGAAUUCCAAGCAAUGGGAGACCGCCUUGGCGUUACGCAAUGCACAAAGAUCAAGGGUGAGAUCUUAGGGAUGCGGGCCAAGUAUGAAGAAGCAAUUGAAAGCUUGGAGGAAGCAAAGACACAAUUCCAAGCGAUUAAAUUACCCCACCUCGCACAGGAGUGCUCAAAAAGCCUCGACGACAUUCUGGGGAUACGGAAAAGGGAAGGUGAGGUGGUUCUGACAACGGAGACAGUGGCGUUGGCCGAGUCCUGA